UCUCAAGUACCGCAGUGUGUGUCGUUCGCUUUUUACGUGAACUGUCUCGCGGGAAGAUGGCAGCCGUUGGGAAUAAAGCGUUCUCUCACGACGGUCAAUAUUACGCUUUCUGUGGUCCCGAUGGCGCUUUGAGGAUUUGGGAGACCACGUCCGGCCGAUUGAAACAUGUUCACACGCCCAAUGCACACCUGGCGUCGCCGUGCAACGUCAUACAAUGGAUCUCCGAGACUUCGCAAUCGACGGACACCACAUUGCCAUUACCAGGGAAGCGGCGCAGAAAAAAAUCAGUUUCGGAGGAUGGCAAUAAUAAGGUUGUGGCUAUGGGAUUGUCGGAUGGGAAUGUUAUAUUGUAUAACAUAGCAUCAACAUCCGCUACCAUAUUGAAGAAUGACAGUACCGCAGCUUGCACAGCGAUAACUUGGUCAACCUACAGUGGUCUAUUCACAGCCUCAGAUGAUUAUCAUCUGAUAGAAUGGAAUAUUCCGGAGAAGGGAAUCAAGUGCAAGUGGAAAUCGGGCAAAUCAAAAGUCACAGCACUGGCGGUCUCAAUGGACGGGAAGUCUCUGUUGUCCGCAGAAAGAAUAAUCAAGUGGUGGGAUUUAGCAACGAGACAAUUGAUUCGUACAUUUACCGGACAUGUUAACCCAAUUACCAUUCUUCAUCCUCUUAAAGUAGAUACAACUAGCUACCUGAUCAGCAGUUCUCGUUCGGAUAGCAGUCUUUGCGUAUGGCCAUUGGAUAAGCAUAGAAACGAUAAGUCGCCGGCGACAUUGUUGUGUCUGCAAGAUGAAGCUUCGUUCAUAUCGACGCUUGUCGCAGAGGAAUCACAAGUCAUCGUGUUAGUUACUACAAGAUUGGGUAAAGCCCAGCUGUUCAAGUACCAACCGAAUGGUCGUACGAAACCAUUGAAACCGUCUCUUGAUGUCACUAUCGUCUCAGAAACCUAUCCAAAAGAGAUCCUUAUCCUAGCGGGUCAUUUGACCGACGACGAGAAGUUACUGUUGGCAUAUGGCGAUCAUUUGAACUUAUGGCUCGAGAAGGUUGAGCCGGAUUUCUCUGACAAAGUGCAAUGUUUAACCAGAAUGCUCAAGAAGAAACCGAAAGAGAGGACAAUAUAUGAGAUUCUCAAACAGAUGCCUGUUGAGACGGAUAAUGCCCAUUAUGUUUAUCAUGCGGAUGGCGAAGAUGAAACAGUGAAGAAAAGGAAGAUUAUAGAGGACGGUUCUCAGACACUGAAAGAUCGAUUGGAGAAUCUUAGCUUGAAUGCGGACGCGAACACGUCAGGUAUUUCACCGAUGAAAGGAGGGAACAGGUCGCAGUUGUUGAUACAGGCAUUAAACAUCAAUGACAAAAACAUCCUGUCCACGGUGUUGUUCACGAAAGACGAAAACGUGAUUCGCAAUACCGUCGUAAACUUGCCGUUGCAGGCGAUAACGCCAUUGUUCCAAGAGUUAUCCGUCAUGUUGCAAGGCAAAACAUAUACAUGCCAAAUCGCGACAAGAUGGCUGCAGGCUUUAAUCAAGAGUCACGCGGCACAUCUGUCGUCGCGGCCGGACUUCAGGGACAUACUUGGUCCUGUUAAGCAUUUCAUCGAAGAAAAAUUGUUACUUCUCUCGGACGUGCAGAAAUUAAAAGGCAGAAUUUCUCUUAUAACAGAACAGAUAUCUCAGACCCAGGAGGAACAGGAGAAGUACAUAAACCAGGAAGCCUUGAUUGUUUAUCAGGAUCCAGGUCCAGCGGAUGAGGCUCUCGAUAUGGACGACGUUGAAUCUAGCAGCGAUUCCGACGACAAUUGGGAGGAAAUGUCGGAGCAGAACGAGGAGACCGAGCAGUACGAGGAAAACGAGCAGUACGAGGAAAACGAGCAGGAAGACGAAGAGGGUAUGAAAGAUGUCGAGUCCGACACUGAUCACAGCGCGGAUAGCGACGACGCUAUAGGUGAUACAUAGAAUCGUCAUGUCGCGUCGAAAUUUUCAUACUACAUACAUAAAAAGUGUACGAGUUUCUGUAAGACAUUCUCGGUCUCGUUUUCGCGAUGCGAAGAGACAAAAAUUGACGACGACGCUAAUCAUAGUAUCAAAACACUUGAUGGAAAUAUACUUUGGAAGCGUUACAAGUGCGCGCUGUUUUUGAGCAUUCCUGCUUAAUCAUUUGACACUUCGAAAUGAUCAAUUGUGUUUGUUACACGUGUUAAAUAUAUCGUUAUAUAUAUUUUA